AUGUUUGGAACAGCGCCCAGCAAACUGCGUAGAAUGAAUGAUCAACGGCUCUUGCUUUCCAGAGAGAGGAAUUCGAUUCACAUGCUCGCUAUCGAAUGUCCCCUCUCGACAGAGGUUCAGCCGACUUUGGAAAAGGGCUGCGUAGCCGGUCAUGAAGGCAUCUACGCCAGCACGGUGACAGCCUGUUACAGCAAUCCUUGGCCUAUUUUUCAAUUCUUCAACAGACACUCGCUCUCUACUUGCUUCUUUUUUCUCUUCCUCGAGUUUCUCUUUGUGCAACAUGCUGUCCGGCUUCAAGUAGUCAAAUCUAAACGAUUGUCGAGAGUAGUUCUAAGAACGCACAAAAUCGCUGCUAUAGAAGUGACAUUUUAG